AAAACACUCAGCAGCUUCUGUUAAGGCUUAACAUGUCAGUCUUGCCUCACUUUUGAUUUAAAAAGGAGGCAAGGACGCACCACUCACAACAGACAUACGGGAAACCGCCACUGUGUCACAUAUUGAUAAGUCACUACAGAGGAACUGCAGAUCUGGGACCAGUUGGAAGGACAAAAUGGGUGUUUGGACAGCCCUCAUUCUGGCCUCGCAGCUGCUAUUAAAACUGUGCUUACACGUGGAAGCCCAGGCUUUGGUCUAUGAUCUGCUCACCUCGCCUGAUUGCCUGCCAGAUCUGCUGCAGGGGGGUCUGGCUGAGCAAGGGGUGAAUGAGGCUUUCAUCCUCACCUCCUUCAAGUUGCAGCCCAAGACCGGAACCGCUGUGUUUGGCCUGUACAACCCCCGGGACAACAGCAAGUACUUUGAGUUCACUGUGAUGGGGAAGCUCAACAGAGCUGUGUUACGUUACCUGCGGAGUGACAAGAGGAUGAGCUCUGUUACCUUCAACAACCUGGUGUUGGCAGACGGCCAGCAGCACCGACUGUUGUUCCACCUGAGGGGGAUGCAGCAGCAGGGGCCAGGCGGGGUGGAGCUGCAUCUGGACUGCAGGCUGGUGGAGACAGUCAGGGAUCUCCCAGCCGCCUUCCAGGGUUUGCCAGCAGGCUAUGGUAUGGUGGAGCUAAAGACCAUGCAAGCCAGAGACCAGGAGAGCUUAGAUGAGCUAAAGCUGGUGGUUGGGGACUCGUUUGAGAAUGUUGCUUCAUUACAAGACUGCCAUUUCCAGCAAAGAGACUCUGUUCAAACCCUGGGGGUCAACACAAAGCAGCUGUCCAAUCAAAUGCUGGAGUUAACAAAGGUGAUAAAUGAGCUGAAAGACGUCCUCAUUCAGCAGGUUAAAGAAACCUCCUUUCUCAGAAACACCAUCUCAGAGUGUCAGGCCUGUGGUCUGGGUGGUACUGAGGUGGUGAAACCAAGGUGUACUCCAGGAGUCUGUUUCCGUGACGAUGUUUGUAUAGAGACAGCAGAUGGUGUUGAAUGUGGGCCCUGUCCUGAUGGAUACACUGGAGAUGGUUUCAGCUGUGAUGACGUGGAUGAGUGCCAGUUUAACCCCUGCUUCCCUGGAGUGAAAUGCGUGAACACCGCCCCGGGCUUCCGCUGCGACGUCUGUCCUCUGGGCUACACCGGCCUGCCGGUGGAGGGAGUGGGCAUCGUGUACGCUCAGACCAACAAACAGGUCUGCGAUGACAUUGACGAAUGCAAAAGACCUGACAACGGAGGCUGUGCUGCAAACUCAAUCUGUCACAACUCUGUGGGCUCCUAUCACUGCGGCAGCUGUAAGUCAGGCUUCACAGGAGAUCAGGUGAAGGGCUGCAAGCCGGAGAUCAGCUGUGGCAACAGCCUGACCAACCCCUGCGAUGUCAACGCCCAGUGUAAUGUGGAAAGAGACGGGUCCGUCACCUGUCAGUGUGGAAUUGGCUGGGCUGGUAAUGGAUAUCUGUGCGGGAAGGACACCGACAUUGAUGGAUAUCCAGACGAGAAACUUAAAUGCAAGGAUGCAAACUGCAAAAAGGAUAACUGUGUCUUCGUUCCUAACUCUGGUCAAGAGGACGCUGACAGGGACAGUCAGGGAGACGCCUGUGAUGACGACGCAGAUGGUGAUGGUAUUCCAAACGAGCAGGACAACUGCUGGUUAAAACCCAACGUGGACCAGAGAAACAGCGACAAAGACGGCCACGGCGACGCCUGCGAUAACUGUCGCAUGGUGGAGAACCCUGACCAGAGGGACACUGACAGCGACGGCAAAGGGGACGCCUGCGAUGACGACAUGGAUGGAGAUGGUCUGAAGAACUUCCUGGACAACUGCCAACGAGUCCAGAACAGAGACCAGCUGGACCGGGACGGAGACGGAGUGGGAGACGCCUGCGACAGCUGCCCCGACAUCCCCAACCCAAAUCAGUCUGAUGUUGACAAUGACCUGGUUGGAGACUCAUGUGACACAAACCAAGACAGCGAUGGCGAUGGUCACCAGGAUACCAAGGAUAAUUGCCCGCUCGUGAUCAAUAGCUCCCAGCUGGACACCGACAAAGACGGGCUGGGCGACGAGUGUGACGACGACGACGACAAUGAUGGGAUCCCGGACACCCUUCCACCAGGGCCAGACAACUGCCGGCUGGUACCCAACCCUGACCAGACUGACGACAACAACGAUGGUGUUGGAGAUGUGUGUGAGUCUGACUUUGACCAGGACAAAGUGAUUGACAGGAUCGACAACUGCCCCGAGAAUGCCGAGGUUACCUUGACUGACUUCAGGGCCUAUCAGACGGUGGUGCUGGACCCUGAAGGCGACGCACAGAUCGACCCCAACUGGGUUGUUCUGAACCAGGGAAUGGAAAUCGUUCAGACUAUGAAUAGCGACCCAGGACUUGCUGUUGGUUACACUGCUUUCAGUGGAGUGGACUUUGAGGGGACGUUUCACGUGAAUACAGUCACCGAUGACGACUACGCCGGCUUCAUCUUUGGCUAUCAGGAUUCAUCGUCCUUCUACGUGGUGAUGUGGAAGCAGACCGAACAGACAUACUGGCAGGCAACACCUUUCAGAGCCGUGGCCGAGCCCGGCAUCCAGCUUAAGGCUGUGAAGUCUAGAUCCGGCCCUGGGGAGCAUUUGAGGAACUCGCUGUGGCACACUGGAGACACCAACGACCAGGUGCGUCUGCUGUGGAAGGAUCCAAGAAAUGUGGGCUGGAAGGACAAGGUGUCCUAUCGCUGGUACCUGCAGCACCGCCCACAGGUUGGAUACAUCAGAGCCCGGUUUUAUGAGGGAACUGAGCUGGUUGCAGACUCUGGUGUGACUAUUGAUACGACUAUGAGAGGAGGACGACUCGGCGUGUUCUGCUUCUCGCAAGAAAACAUCAUCUGGUCUAAUCUGAAAUACCGCUGCAACGACACCAUCCCAGAGGAUUUCCAGGAGUUCAGCACUCAGCACGGCGCUGACUCACUCUGAAGUCGAGACAAAAAUACGACACCAGAUCUACAGAGAGUGCGUCUGCGUGUGGGUGUAGAAGUUGCUGCGUGCGCGUGAAUGAGAACGGGUGUUUAUUUGUGUGCGUCUGUGUAUCCAUGUGUACAGUCUCUGUGCAUACAUGACCGCAAUCCUUGUACUGUAUGUGAACUGUAUGAGCAUAUUAUCGUGUCAGAUUCAUUUUCCCCCCCGAAUUUGUUCUUCCUGUUUAAUCAUCUCUUAAAGACUCCAGCUGAGCCUGUUGUGCUAAAUAUUGUAAGUUAUGACGAAUUUCGCCAAAUACGAUGCAAAAAUCAAACAAAAGAAGCACAAGAAAGAACAUAACACAUGCUGUGUUUUACCCUGUAAUUUUUUUUUUUGUUGUUGCAUGAAUUAUACAUCAGUACAAUAACGUCAACUUUCAACUGAUUCUUAAAAUAGGAAGAAAACAAGAAGGCAGUAACUGGAGGAUUAAAUCAAACUUUCAAGUAUUUUUGUAAACACUGGGUUCCUACAAAGUGCAGUCCUGUGUAACAAAGCCCCUUCCCGUGUCAUUAAAAUACUAAUUACCAUUAAAAAUGACAGAUUAGCCACUUGUGAGACACUUACAUCUACGUUAUAUUAUUAUAUGACCAUAUCACGUUGUCGUCUCCUUCAGAUGGCACCACAACUCAUCCGUAGUCAUUUGUUUUCUCCUGCAGUCUACCUGUCUGCUACGAUUUUGAAAAAUACAGACCCAUUUCUCACAGUCUCCUUAUUCCAAAUGUGGCAAAUGAAGUAGAAGACAUGAUAAUGAGUCCCCGCGGCUGUUUCUCAGCACUCCUCAUUUUUACUGUAGUCUCUCCUACACACCGCAGUAACGUUUAUUAUUGAGCGACAAUGAGCAUUUUAUGUGUUUAGGCUGUUGGAAGAAAAAGAUUGGUAGCCCUAUUUUUCUGAAACUUCAGUUUUUGCUGCAGAGUUGUGUACACUAUAGGUACUCAGUAUGUAGAAAAUCUAAGUUGAUUUCAUUUCUCCUGCCCAGUUGUCACUACUUUGGUCCCUAUGAUCUCAUUUUCUUCCUUUGCAUUUUAAGUGUUGCUUGGAGCGGGUCGGUAUUUUAUUAGUCUCUUAGUAAUACAAUGAAAUUAGCCUGUAAAUGAAAGCCUGUGUUAUAAAGGGUUUAAUCACAAAUCUUACAGUGCCAUCAUCGUUUUAACCCCAGUUUCCCACAUAUUCGCGUAAGUUGUUUCAUUUUUUUUAAACAUUAUAAAUCUGACAUGUUCAAAUGAAAGGGCACAUCCUGAUACAAACGUUUGUUUUACUAUUACACAGUGGUUAUAUUUUCAUAUUUUAGCUCAUGUCUUGUAUUAUAAUCAUCUUCACCAGAAGAAAACAUGCUUUAGAUCAACCUCCAUGAUGUUUCCUUUAUGUGUUUCCUCUCAUAAAUGGGUCGCAUUGUUGUUUUGUUUAGUUAUCAGCUCUGUACUUGUACUCCUUUUGAAGAGAGGAUAAACAGACCAAGUUUACAGUUUCAGAUUCUGCCUCGUCUCAUUUGCUAUUAGAAGAUUAACUUAAAACUCAGCGUAACUUUGUCUUCUCUUUCCAUCCUUUGAGCUCCGAGAUCUUGAUCAUUCCAUAUCUAUGUAGUCAUGAACCUGGUCUGAAUAAAGGGCUUUAAAAUACAUUAAAA